CAAAAUCGAACAAACCAAUCCCAAACAAGAAACAAUCGAUACCCCACCAUGAAUCUCAAGCUCGCCAUCUUUGCUGUCCUCUGCGCCGUAGUCGCAGCUCAUGGACACGGGCACCACCAUCAUGAAAAGGAAGGAAAGGAUAGUGGCGGAAUCAUGGGUUGGUUUGAAGGUGCUUUAGAUCAUCACCACGGACACCACCACGAUCACCACGGCCCUCAUCAUGGACACCAUGAUGACCACGACCACCAUGGCAAACACCAUAAGAAACAUGGAAAGAAGCACCACAAGCAUGACAAGAAACCUGAGCCGUCUUCUUCAUCUUCAUCAUCCUCUUCUUCUUCGUCGUCGUCGUCGUCGUCUUCCUCCCGCAGCAAAGAAGAGGAACCCAAACUGGAAGUGGUUGAAGUCAUGGACAACCUGACCACCCUCGCGCCUCCAUCGAGCCUACGUGGAACCGCCAAGACACCCGAAGAAGCCAAGGAAGCCGUCAAGGAGGAACCGGGUAUUGAUGCCGAAGAAGACCGUGACAUUUAAUGAGCUUGCAAUCCAGAAGAUGUUGUUGAGAUUGAUAGCUACAUCAUUACAUCGAAGAAACUGCCUUCAGCGGAAAGUGAACGCUUAGUUAGGACGUUCGCAUGCAUAGAAAAAAGAAAUUCAUAGACGUCAAGUUACCGCUUAGUAAAGGACGCUGGCAUGCAUAGAAAACAGAAAUUCAUAGACGUUAAGUUACCCCCAUC